GCGUGCGGGGUGCAAUGUGGUGAGGAGGAGGUGGGUGGGUGGCAAAUGCCCCGUCCAUUGGCGAGAACGCUCCAAGCCCUUCCCCACAACGCGCAAGCCGCGUGCGUUGCUCUAUGCCCCCCCCACCACCACACACGCGCACACGCCGGCUACCGGCGGCACGAGAGAAUCCUCCUUUGCCUGUUCCACUCGUCCAUCGGGAUUAACAGCUGGACCAAGAGGAAGAGAAGAGCAGCUUCCCUGGGCUCUGGACGGUUGGUUCGAGGAUUCGGAGGGGGGGGGUUUGGACCGCUCGACGUCACUCGGCGUGAUCUGCUGCUGCUGCUGCUCGUGUUAUCAUCCAGCGGACGCAAACGCCGGCACCGGCGGUGAUGUCCGCGCUGUGAGCCAGCGGAGUAAAGUGGAGGAGGAGCGGUGAAGCGCGCAGGGAUGGAUUGCGUCUUGCGAGAGGGCGCCCGUGUGUGGCUGCGGGACGGGGACCAGAUGCUACCAUGCACGGUGGGCCCCUCAAGAGCUGGCACCGUCGAGCUCACCAGCGACUAUGGGCAGGCGUUCUGCCUCCCGCAGGCCGCGCUGUCUCACGACAAGGUGUCACCGAUGCACAGCAGCAGCAUAGAGGGCGUGGAGGACAUGAGCGCCCUGGCCGACCUGCACGAGGGCGCCAUCAUGCACAACCUGCACCUGCGCUUCCACGACAACAAAAUCUACACGUACAUUGGUUCCAUCCUGGCGGCGGUGAACCCGUACAGGCUGAUCGACGGCCUCUACGACAAGGCGGCCGUGGGCCGCUACGCCCAGAACCUCCUGGGCGAACUGCCACCCCACAUCUAUGCCAUAGCCAACGAGUGCUACCGCUGCCUGUGGAAGCGGCUGGACAGCCAGUGCGUGCUCAUAAGUGGGGAGAGUGGUGCCGGGAAGACGGAGAGCACAAAGCUCAUCCUCAACUUCCUGUCGGAGACGAGCCAGGGAGCGGGGAAGGCGGCGCAGUCUGGCCCCACGAACACCAACGUGGAGACGGCCAUUCUCGAAAGCAGUCCCAUAAUGGAGGCGUUUGGCAACGCGAAGACCGUGUACAACAACAACUCGAGCCGCUUCGGCAAGUUCAUCCAGCUACACUUCUCGCAGCAGGGCUUCAUCCAGGGCGGCCGCAUCCUCGACUACUUGCUGGAGAAGAACCGAGUGGUGCGGCAAAACCCUGGGGAGAGGAAUUUUCAUGUUUUCUAUGCGCUGCUCGCGGGAACCACGGCUGAGCAGAAAGAAUCGCUCUGCCUAUCGGAGCCUAACAGCUAUAAGUACCUGGCUCAAUCGGGAUGCAUCUCUGACGAUGCGUGUGAUGAUGUGAAGUCUUUUGAGAAAGUCAUGACGGCCAUGCAGGUGAUGGCCUUCGGCAAGGAGGAGGUGCGGGAGGUGCUCAAGCUGCUCUCCGGGGUGCUGCAGCUCGGAAACAUCGAGUUUGUGACGGCCGGAGGUGCUCAGAUUUCCAACAAGGACGUGGUGAGCGUGGUGUCCGAGCUGCUCGGCCUCGACUCGCUGCAGCUCUCCGAGGUGCUGACGCAGCGCUCCAUGAUCCUGCGGGGCGAGGAGAUCAGCACCCCGCUUACCAUCGAGCAGGCCGAGGAUUCGAGAAACUCCAUGGCCAUGGCACUUUACUCACAGUGCUUCUCCUGGAUCAUCCAGAAGAUCAACGGUCGCAUUAAGGGCAAUGACAACUUCAAGUCCAUCGGCAUCCUCGACAUUUUUGGAUUUGAGAACUUUGAGGUGAAUCGUUUUGAGCAGUUCAACAUCAACUACGCCAAUGAGAAGCUACAGGAGUACUUCAACAAGCACAUUUUCUCCCUGGAGCAGCUGGAGUACAACAGGGAAGGGAUCAUUUGGGAGGACAUAAACUGGAUGGAUAAUGGAGAGUGCCUGGAUUUGAUUGAAAAGAAACUGGGCAUGCUGGCACUGAUUAAUGAGGAGAGCCGCUUCCCCAAGGGCACAGACUUCACCAUGCUGGAGAAGCUGCACGGUCAGCACGCGACGAACCAAUUUUACACGAAGCCAAGAGUGGCCGACCACCAGUUCGGCAUCAAGCAUUACGCCGGAGAGGUGCUGUAUGAUGUGAGGGGCUUCCUGGAGAAAAACAGAGACACAUUCCGAGACGACCUCCUGAACGUCUUGCGGGAGAGUGGAAUCGACUUCAUCUACGACCUGUUUGAGCGCGUGAGCGGCGGGGGAGGCGAGGAGACCCUGAAGGCGGGAGCCAAGCAGCGACGGCCGACCGUCAGUUCCCAGUUCAAGGACUCUCUGCACUCGCUGAUGGCGAGCCUGAGUACUUCCAACCCAUUCUUUGUGCGUUGCAUAAAGCCCAACAUGAAGAAGCUGGCCCAGCGGUUUGAGCACGUGGUGGUGCUGAACCAGCUGCGCUACUCGGGCAUGCUGGAGACCGUACGUAUUCGCCGCGCCGGCUACCCAGUUCGCCGACCCUUCCAAGAUUUCUACAGCAGGUACAAGGUGCUGCUUGGGAACCGCGAGGUGCCCGACGACCCCAAGGGCAAGUGCAUCGCGCUCCUCCGCGUGUACGACGCGAAGAAUGCUGCCUGGCAGCUCGGGAGAACCAAGGUGUUCCUACGCGACACGCUGGAGCAGAACCUGGAGAAGCUGCGCGACACCGAGCUGCACAAAUCCGCCACUCUCAUCCGCGCGCAUGUGCUCGCCUACCUCGCAAGGAAGCGUUUCCGCCGGCUGCGUGCGUGCGCCGUGGCCGUGCAGGCGUGGUUCCGCUGCCGCUCGUGCCAGCGCCGCUUCUCCAGGCUGCGGGCGAGCGCCAUCACGCUGCAGAAGCACCGGCGCAGCGCGCUGGCCCGCCGCCUCUACCGGGCUCUGCUGGAGGAGAAGCGUAGGCGCGAGGAGGAGGAGCGCAGGAGGAGGGAGGAGGAGCUGAGGAGGAUGGAGGAGGAGCAGCGAAAACUAGAAGCAGAGCUGGCUCAGAAGCAGGAGGAAGAGGAAAUGCGGAAAAAAGCCACGAUGGCCGCAGCCGCUGGCGCGACCGACGGCGAAAACCCAACAACUGCGGGGUCGGACCCGAUGCAGGAGACGGAGCAGCUGCUGGUGAUACAGCGGCUGGAGCGCGAGAUCGACGAGCUCCGGCAGCUGCAGCUGGCGGCGGUUGAUGCCGCCGCCCCGGCCAAGGACCCGCUCGCCCGGCCAUCGCCCACAGAACUGGGCUCCGAGGCGGAGGGCGAGUGGCUGGCUCGUGAGCAGGCAAUCCGUCGGCUGGAGCAGGAGGCCGCGUGCGCCGCCCAAGACUUCCUCGAGUCGCUCGACUUCGGCGAGGGCUACGACAGCGAGGGCGGUGCCCUCAGCCGGAGCAGCGGCGGCUCGCUGGAGGGGCCGCCAAGGCCUGAGAGUCGGGGCAAGGCGCCCGAAGAGGAGGACGACGAAGGCUUCGUCGGCGGCGGUGCCGAAGAGCACCACAGGGGCUCAUCGCGACCGGGCAGCCGUGGCACGGGCGCCGGCGGCGCCGUCGGGGAGCUCGGCGAAGGGGGCGACGGCACCAGCGGCGAGGGGGUCGUGGGCAGCAAGGGCUCGUACGACCAGCGCACGAGCGGAAUUCACACGAGCGACGAGUCGUUCGAGGAGGACCAGCUGGCGGGCAGGACGGCGCCCGACGCCACCGUGGCAGAGGCGCAGGAGGAGCCUGUGUAUGACGCUCCGCUGCUCGAGGAGUUUGACCUGGAGGGCGAGGACACGGCCUCCGUCACCGGCACCGAGACGGUCAGGAUGCGCCGCACCAGCCGGCAGCCACUGUCGCCCGAGCGCGAGUUCCGCUACUCCGUAAACACGUACAACGGCUCGGCCUACCCCUACGGCUCGCUGGACGGGCCCCAGUUGUCGGUGGGAGAGAGCGAUGAAGAUUUCGACCGAGGGUUUGAUGAGGAGGAUCUGGCGUCCCGUCGGGAAACCAUCUACAGCUCCCUGGGCACGCCUUACUUCCAUAGCUACCUCCACAUCAAAGUGGGCAUGAUGAACAUGUGGAAGCGGCGCUGGUGCGUGCUCAAGGACGACACCUUCAUGUGGUUCCGCGCCAAGCAGGAGGCCCUCAAGGCCGGCUGGCUCCACAAGAAGGGCGGCGGCACCUCCACGCUGUCACGCCGGAACUGGAAGCGCCGCUGGUUCGUGCUGCGCGACGCCAAGCUCAUGUACUUCGAGAGCGACAGCGAGGAGAAGCUCAAGGGCGUCCUCGACGUUCGCUCGGCCAGAGAAAUUAUUGACAACACAGACAAGGAGAACGGAAUCAACGUGGUGAUGAAAGAGCGGACGUACCACCUCAUUGCCGAGUCUCCUGAAGAUGCCAGUGAGUGGUUCAGCGCUAUGAGCCGCGUGCACGGCGCUUCCGAGCAGGAGCUGCAGACCAUGCACGACGAGAUGGCCAACCCCAAGAACGCUGUGGGAACCUUGGAUGUUGGUUUAAUAGAUGCAGCCUGCGCCUCUGACAAUCCAGACAGACAAAACUCGUUUGUGAUCAUCACGGCGAACCGCGUGCUGCAGUGCAACACCGACACGGCAGAGGAGAUGCACCACUGGAUCGCGCUGCUACAGCGCAGCAAGGGCGAUGCGCGCGUCGAGGGACAGGAGUUCAUCGUACGAGGGUGGCUGCACAAGGAGGUGAAGGGCUCAAGCAAGGGCACCGUGAGGUCGGCGCUCACGCAGCGGCUCAAGAAGCGCUGGGUGGUGCUGACGCACAACUCGCUCGACUACUACCGGAGUUCGGAGCGCGGCACCACAAAGCUGGGCACGCUGGUGCUCAACAGCCUGUGCUGCAUCACGCAGGCCGACGAGAGGACCUUCAAGGAAACGGGCUACUGGAGCAUUACGGUGCAUGGACGCAAGCACUCGUACCACCUUUACACAAAGCUGCUGUCGGAGGCGUCGCGCUGGGCGAGCGCUGUGCAGACCGUCAUCGACUCCAAGACUCCCAUCGAGACGCCCACUCAGCAGCUCAUCCAGGACAUUAAGGAGAACAUGUGUAGUGCAGAGGUGGUGGAUCAGAUUUACAAGCGGAACCCGAUCCUGCGCUACAGCCAACACCCACUUCGCUCGCCGCUGCUGCCACUGCCAUACGGCGACGUCAGCCCCAACCUGCCCAAGGAGCGCGGCUACACGACGCUGCAGGAGGAGGCGGUGCGCAUCUUCCACACGCUGCAGGGCCUCGACGCCGUGCCCGAGCCGCUGCCCAUCUACCAGGGGGUGCUGCAGACGUGCCACGACCUGCGCCCGCUGCACGACGAGCUCUACUGCCAGCUCGUCAAGCAGACGAGCUUCGCGCCCCAGCCGCUCGGCACCGGCGGCCUCCGCACGUGGCACCUGUUCGCCUGCUUGAGCUGCACGUUCCCACCGGGCCGCGCCGUCUUGCGAUACGUCCGCUUCCACCUGAAGAGAGUAAAGGAUCGGUUUCCCGGCACGGAGACUGAACAGUACGCCUCCUUCAUCCUGGACUCGCUGAAGAAGACAAAGUUGCGGGAAUUCAUUCCGUCACAAGAGGAGAUCCAGGCUAUCGUGAGCCAGCAAGAGAUGACCACCACCAUCUACUGCCACGGCGGGGGCUCCUGCAAAAUCACCAUCGACUCACACACCACUGCCGGCGAGGUGGUUGCCAAGCUGAUGCGUGGCCUGGCCAUGGAGGGCAGCAGGAACACAUUCUCACUCUUUGAGCGCCGAGGGAAAAUGGAAAAAGCCCUGGAGAACCGCACCAUCGUGGUUGACGUGCUCGCCAAGUUCGAGAAGAUGGGAGCAGAGAACGAGACAGAAGAGGUGAUGAUGGAUGAUGGCAACAGCAGCAACUCCUGGCGUCUUUAUUUCAAGCUCUACUGCUUUCUGGACACGGGGCACGUUCCGAGUGACAGCGUCGAGUUCGCCUUCAUGUUCGAGCAGGCGCACGAAGGUCUCGUGCGAGGACACUUCCCGGCACCCGAAGAGACCUUGCAGCAGCUGGCUGCCCUGCGCCUCCAGUACAUUCUCGGUGACAACAGCAAUCAAGCGAGCUUCCCCCAACCGCCGGGACUCGACAGCGUCUACCCGGUAGGCCGGCUUCGCUCGCGUAUCACCGCUGCCACCAAAACGCCCGCCGGCAUGGGAGCGAGUCCGCUGGCCACUGGCGCAAGCAGCCCGGGCAGCCCCGCGUCGCCCUCGAGCGGAGCGGGCGAGCGGCGGCUCACGGGCUUCCUGGAGGGCACACUGCGGCGGACGCUGCGCAGGCAGAAGGCGCCGUCGUUCGAGGUGGAGGCAGACAAAGAGCGCGACGGUUCUGGGAGCGGGUCGCCAGGCAGCGGCGGGGCAUCGCACGCCACGCCGGGCGCUGGAGGAGGGCAGGACCAACUGCUGGAGCUGUGGGUGAAGGAGGAGAUCCAGGCGGCCCGUGCCGGAAUCCUCGACAAGUGGCAGCAGCUGCGAGGCCUGGGGCAGGAGCAAGCUAUGGCACGCUACAUGGCCAUCGUCCAAGAGUGGGCGGGGUACGGCUCCACCCUGUUUGAUGUGGAGAGCAAGGAGGGCGGAUUCCCCAAGGAGCUGUGGCUGGCCGUGGGCAAGGACGGCGUGGCGGUGCACAAGAGGGGCGAGCCACGGCCCCUGGAGUCCUUCACCUACGAGCAGAUCCUGUCGUUCGGGGCCCCACAGUCCAGCUCUUACCGGAUUGUGCUGGAGGGCCGUGAGAUGCUCUUCGAGACCAUCCAGGUGUUGGAGGUCGCCAAGCUCAUGAAGGCAUACAUCAACAGCAUCGUGCACAAGCGCUACAGCCGCCACUCUCUCAGCAGCCGCAGCAGCACAGGCCCCAUCGUCAGGACAAGAUGAGGCCUGCCGAGUGUGUGGAAAGAACGUUUCCCAUAGGGCGAUUGGAAGUUCAGAAACAUCCUAGAGAUCCCAGGGGGCCGGGGGUACUUGGAAUGCAGUGUCAUACUCACAUCCUCUCCAAGGCUGUGCUCUGACGUUUUUUUUUACUCUUUGCUGUCCGCAUCACACCAGGCACGGAUUGACCCUAGCACACAUGCCAAGUGAUUGUUGGGUUGUUACAACAGGUACAGGCAACACUGAGAUUCCUAUGUGGUCUUUUAUGUAAAUGCAUGGGUUAUUCUGCUCCGACAGGCAAUACACAACUUACAGCGGCUUACCCAGUUUAACAUGUUAACUUGAAUUAAAAGGUUUGAAUUGCCUUUUUACAGUAUCUAUCACUGCCUGUAGCGCAAGUUUCCCAAAACUGUCAGUGAGUGCUAACCCUGCAUAUAUAGUGUUAUUUUUAUGCUGUUAAGAUUUGCACAACUUUUAGAUAUCUAUCUUAAUUUUUUUUUCCAGCCAGAAAUAUGUCCUUUUUUAAACUUUUUUAUACAUGACCCGGCUUUUACUCAAGUUAGCAUCGGGUUUUUAAAACAAGCAGUGUUAAUGUAAACAAUUUCGAUGGUAGAGAGAUCAUUACAAAUGGUUGCUUUUUAAUUCCUUCAAAUAAUUUUAAGAAAAUCAUAUUUAGGUUUUUUUUUUACUGUAUAUUACGCUGCUCUGUUUUAAUUACUGACCACAAUGUGCACAUUCCUCAUCCGGUGUGCAGUGAGUGUGGGUAAUGACCAAAAUGUUUAAUUGAAACCCUCAGGCAUGUUAAGUUGAAUUACUUGAUUCACUACCUGUGGACAAAUGUGUUUUAUAGACAGUAUGGCAGACACUUUGGGAAGUAAUAUAUUAUGUUUUGGCAGUUAUGCUCAAAUAAAACACAAUCAUAAAAAACAUAGUUUGUUGUCUAUGCAAAAUCAUACUCUCAUGAUUUACCGCUUAAGGGAAUUCGUAUAAUUUGCCUAACUUGUUAUCACUUGCCAGUAUAUUUUCACGUGUCUCUUUACUUUCAAGCACAAACUCGUACUCAAGAUGGUCACUGCUACACGCAUAUUUCCAAAACAGACUUGAAUUCAUCAUAUCCCCGCCGAGUGACCUGUGAAUAUUUUACCUGUACAUUGCCUAUGUAUACUAAUUUAUCAAAUGUUUUUUUUAAGCUCUUUUAAAACAUUACAAUAAAGUUUACAAAGUUC